AUGAAAGAAGUAGUUCGUAAAGAGGUUGUCAAGUUGUUGGAUGCGGGGCUGAUUUACCCCAUAUCCGACAGCUCAUGGGUUAGUCCAGUGCACGUGGUACCAAAGAAAGGGGGGACUACUGUGAUAAAAAAUGAGAAAAAUGAGUUGAUCCCAACUAGAACUGUUACAGAAAGACGCCAGCAAACAAAUUUGAUCCUAAAUCGGGAGAAGUGCCAUUUUAUGGUAUAUGAAGGAAUCAUGUUGGGACACAAAAUUUCCAAUCGAGGCAUAGAAGUAGACAAAGCAAAAGUGGAGGUGAUAACUAAUUUACCACCACCAGUGAAUGAAAAAGGCAUCAGAAGCUUCUUGGGACUUGUGGGUUUUUACCGCAGGUUCAUCAGGGACUUUUCUAAGAUCACCAAACCAUUGACAAACUUACUUGUAAAAGAUACACCUUUUCUUUUUGACAAAAAGUGCAGCGAAGCUUUUGAGAUCCUGAAGAGGGAGUUGGUGUCUGCUCCUAUAGUGAUUUCCCCUGAUUGGUCUCUCCCUUUUGAGAUCAUGUGUGAUACAAGUGAUAAUGCAGUAGGGGCAGUGCUAGGACAAUGA